CAAUGAUUGUUGUUGUUCGUCAACUUCACUUUAGUUAGUCUGAACAAUGCAUCUGACAUGGCUGUUAGUAGGUUUUCUACUUUCAGGAUUGGAGGCAGUGCCACUGAUUAUGUCAGUGACGAGUGAAAUUAAUAUGUUCAAUGAAUCGGACACAGACCUCUUAACAACAAUGACAAUUAGAGGAAACCAUAUUGUUGCUGUUGACUAUCACUUGGCCAGAGGGGAAAUCUACUUCAGUGACUCAGCAACAACAGGUCAAAUAUUCAGGACAUCGCUGAGGUCUUUUGAGUCUCAGAAGCCUAGUGUGAUUGCGGAGAUCGAUGAGUCUUAUGGGUUGGCUGUAGACUGGAUGCAUGACAAUCUCUACUGGACAGAUACAGGGAGAGUGACAGUGGAGGUCGCUACCUUGGAUGGUCUCUAUCGGAAGGUUUUGUUCGACGGUUCUCAUGGUCUCCAGAAACCAAGAGCCAUUGUGCUGGAUCCAAAAAAUGGAGUUCUAUUUUGGAGUGACUGGGGAGACGACUCCAGAGUCAACUCAGCAGGGCUUGAUGGCAAAAAAAUGAAAACAAUUGUUUCUUCAAACAUUUACUGGCCAAACGGAUUAACAUUAGAUUUAUCUAAAUCAAAACUUUACAUCCUGGAUGGAUUUUUAUCGACAUUAUCAUCAUGCAACUAUGAUGGCUCUCAGGUUACAGUUCUUAGCAGAUCUCCAGACAAUUUUCAACAAGGUUUCGGUUUAACAUACUACGCAAACACAUUGUAUUGGAAUUCUUGGCGCCAUCGGGCUUUGUUUAAAAUGAAUAUAGACGAAUUACAAAGAGAAACUGUACUUCAAGUGAAUGGUUUGCGAGGGAUUUUAGAGCGAAUGAUGGGGUUGAAGGCGGUCCAUGCCAGUCUACAGCCAGCCCUGCCCCAGACAGUGCAGGAUCCCUGCAGCAACAGUAACAGUCAGUGUACCCAUCACUGUCUAGUCGGUAGAGAUCUCACCCCAACCUGCAUAUGUGCCUUUGGAUACAAACUGGCGGCUGAUGGCAAGACGUGCAUUGAAGAAGGCUACCUUUUGGUCUCUUGGAGGCUAACUAUAACCCGUUUAUCUAUGGAUGGUCAUGAUUUGGAACCACUCAUAGACACUACAAAUAUAGCAACAUCACUUGGAUAUCAUUUUAAAAAGGGCUUGGUAUUUUGGAAUGAUGUGAUGGAGCAUAAAAUAUACAGGGCUCCUCUGGACCAAUUAAACAACAAGUCUGUGGUGGCCUCGCCACAUACUUGCGAUGGUCUGACUGUAGACUGGGUGCAUGACGUCAUCUACUGGACGGACACUGAACAUGACACUGUGGAGGCAGCCCAACUAGACGGCUCCAAACAUCUCAUCCUCUUCGACACAGACCUAGACAAGCCACGAGAUAUCGCUGUUGACCCGCUUGAAGGGUUGUUGUUCUGGACAGAUUGGGGUUAUACGCCAAAAAUUGAAUGCUCAACUUUGAAUGGAAAAGAGCGUAGAGUUAUUAUUGAUUAUGAUCACAUAUGGCCAAGUGGAAUCACGCUUGAUAUCCCAUCCAAACAAAUUUACUAUGUAGAUUGGAAAAUUGGAACCAUUUAUAAAACCUCUUAUGAUGGAUCACAUAGAGAAGUUGUCUUUUUGUCAUCACCGACAACAUCCUUGCAUUUGUUCGCAAUAACUCUUUUGAAUAACGAACUUUAUUGGACAGACGGGCAGUCUAGAUCUUUGUACACUUCGCCGAAAUAUAACAUUACUGUUGCGAAACCACUUUUUUCUUCAAAGAAUAUAUUAUUGAUUCCGAAUGGAAUCAAGGCAGUUCAUUCAUCUCUUCAACCAACAAAAGAAAACCCUUGUGCGAAAGUUAAUUGUAAAAACUUGUGUCUAGGCACCAAGUACCAAACUGCUGUUUGUAUGGGAGAAGAGGAAAAAUAUGAACCCCAUGAUGGGGAGUGUGGAGUACAGGAGGCGCCCUUGGUCCGUGUGGUGGGAGGUGAGGUGGCUUUGCCAAGGAGGUGGCCGUGGAUGGCGGCCAUCUUCCUGCACGGACCUCGUAGCACAGAGUUCUUUUGUGGAGGCUCUCUCAUCGGCUCCAAGUACAUCCUCACCGCAGCACAUUGCACCAAAGACACUCAUCAGAGGCCGUUCCAGGCUCGUCAGUUCAUAGUGCGGCUUGGAGAUAUCGACCUGAAUCGCAACGACGAGCCGUCAGAUCCUCAGACGUACCGUGUGGCCGAGGUCAGGGCUCACCCGAGAUACAACAACGAAGUCGGCUUCAACAAUGACAUCGCAGUGCUGGUAUUGGAGAAAUCUGUGACACGGUCACGUUACGUCAUCCCCGUAUGUCUGCCGCCUCCGCAGUACAGACAGAGCAACUUUGUGGGCGACCAGCCUACUGUGGUCGGAUGGGGCGCGACAUACUUUAGAGGUAAACCAAGUACAGUACAGAGACAAGUGGAUCUACCUGUUUGGAAGAAUGAAGAUUGUGACAGAGCAUACUUUCAUCCUAUCAACGAGAACUUCAUCUGCGCUGGAUUGAUGGAGGGUGGAAAAGACUCUUGUCAGGGGGACUCUGGUGGACCUUUGGUGCUGAAUAAGAACGGCCGUUGGAUGCAGAUUGGCAUUGUGUCCUUUGGCGACAAAUGUGGCGAACCAGGAUCCCCGGGUGUCUACACUCGCAUCACUCAGUACCUGGACUGGAUCAGCAGCAACACUGUGUCAUGAUCACUCUACCACUGCCACCUGAAUCAGCACAUUGCCACCAUCAGCGCCACCACCUACUGUAUCCUACCAGCUGCGGACGACGUUCCUAGUGGAUGCAACCAGGUUUACAUUGUUAUCCACUGCUUUACAGCAUAUAAGAGGAUUUAAAUCUUAUUUCCCCUUAAGAUAAAAAUCUGUAUAAAUAUAAAUAUAAAUAUAAGAUAAAUAUCCUAUUUAUCUGUAUUCAAAUGUUGUAUUGCAGAUUUUUUUGACCAACAAUAACAUUUUUAUUGGCAUCAAACAAAGUGUAUUUAACUAUUUAUAAUGUAUCAGUGAAAAGCAAUAAUUUGUACCUCUGCAACGACAUGUGAGAAUACAUUGCUGUAUAUAACAAAGCUUUAAGUGUGGUUAUAAAUUAAUUAAUUGUAAGCACUAUUCUUGAAAAUAUUUUUGUAAGUUAUGGUUUCCAUCAAGCUUGACCAAGCAAGCUAGUUUAAUCUAAAACGAAUGUCCUGUUCAUUGCUUUAUCCACUUUUUUUCAUUGUAUACAAAAACGCUGCAAAAGAAAAUUGAUUCUAUUCCCAAGUAAAUUUUGUCCGCGGAUCAUGGUGUGACUGUAGAAAGAAAUCUACAUGCUGAUUGGGGAAGUCUCUAAAAGGCUGUCAAGGACUUUAAUAAAACCCUGUUGGUCUUAAACACACGGAUCAAGAAAGCAAAAGUUGCCAUGCAAUUAAUCACUAUCUCUUUGAAAAAUAAUGAGCCAGCCUCCCUGAGAGAAUAUGUGAGGACUUCUGUGAACUACCUAAGUCACUUAUGCAACUUUUACUCGUUGAAACACUUUUCUUCACCUGUCUAAUGGCAACGGAUCUCAACUGAGAUUUGUCUUCUUUCUACAGAAACCUAAUCACAGAACUUGAUUUAUACUUGGUGGGAGCAUCAAUUUUCUUUCACCACGUGUUCUUAUAUUAUGAUGAGACUUGUAGUCCCAUUGAGGUAGAUGUACCGUAAGAACCUGACAUUGGGCUCAGGCUAGCAACAGCUUGGCUGUGACAGGGGCUUAGUGGAGACUUAAAUAUACAGACAGCCGAUUUUCUUAUUUAUACUCAGUGAAAAUAUUUUCAACUUAAAAAUGUAAUGCUAGUUUUAAAAAGAAGUAUAAUUAUAAUGAAUAGUGUUUUGUAAGCUACAAACAAACUGCCAUACAGUGUUACUUAGACCACAAAAAGUACAUUAUUUGUAGCUCUCAAAAUUCCCUAUUGUUUUGUAAAUUUAAUGAAAUACUCCCUGUCUAAAUGCAAGUAUAUGUUUGGUUUACAUUAUUUUUGUUAAAGUUUGAAUACUAUUAGUUGCAGUUUACCAUUAAGGAUUUUUAAGUCACUAGUGUAAGUCUACAAUGUAAGUAAAUUAAAUGUAAAGAUGUUUGAGCUUAGACUUUGUUAAUAUUUUUGUAUUUAUUGACUUCAGUAUGUAAUUAAUAUUAAAUUAAUAUAAUGUUUAA